GAAGCUGAUAUUAUUGUUUUUCCUGAAUGGGGAUUGCAUCCACAUGAGAAACAAAACCGAAGUAGUAUAAAUUUUUUUGUGGAGGAUAUACCAGAUCCCAGAUAUGGUUUUUAUAACCCGUGCAACCAAACAGAUCAGUUUAAUAAUUAUCAGAUUCUAACCAAGUUAAGUUGUAUUGCUAAAGAGACUGGUAUGUUUAUAAUUGCUAAUAUGGUAGAUAAAAAAAAGUGCAAAAUUUCUGAAACUUGUGAUGUAAAUAAUAUUGAAUCAUGUGCUGCUGACACUACCUCAUGUCCUGAUGAUGGUGUACUGUUUCAUAACACCAAUGUUGUUUUUAAUAGAGAUGGAACUUUAAUUGCUAGAUAUUAUAAACGGCAUCUUUAUUUUGAAGCUGAUAUGAAUCCUUUGAAAAAUAAUGAAGAUAUUUAUUUUGAGACAGACUUUGGAAAAUUUACAACUUUUGUAUGUUUUGAUUUAUCUUUCAAAGAAUCAGUUACUGCUGUUGAGAAAGCUGAUGUAAUUAACGUCGCGUAUCCAACAUAUUGGUUUGAUCAUACACCUUUUGCAUGGGCUACUCCUUUUCAACAAUCUUGGGCUAUUACAAAUAAAGUUAAUCUUCUUGCUGCUAAUGUCCACCAUCCUGGAACAGGGACCCUAGGAAGUGGAAUAUAUUCUCCCAGUGGUGCAUUAAUUUACACUCAUAAUCCAGAUGGAUUAAGUAAAAUUCUUAUUUCAAAUGUGCCUAAAUCAUAUGAUGAUGACGUUCGUGUAACGUCCAUUCCAUUGAAUCCUAAACGUUUUAUUAUAAAAAAUAGUGUUGCUGUUGAAGUUGCUAAUGAAGAAUCUACAGAUUUUGACAAUGUAUGUGGUAUACAUGUUCUUGGUCUGCCAAAGGAUCCAUCAAGAGAUUAUCGUUGUUUGCCUUCAAAUGUUACUCGUUAUUUGUUUCAGAAACUCAAUGGGAAUAAAGGAGAUUUAGAAUUGUGUUCAGGAAGAAUUUGCUGUUCGCUCUCUUAUCAAGCAGAUUCCAUAGAUGAAGAUUAUUAUUUUGGAGUUUCAGGAGAAGAUUUCAAUUUUUAUAAUUCAUUUUCAUUCGGCAUCGAGUCAUGUUUUAUGGCUCGAUGUGAGUCCUUAAAUGGGAGUCACUGUAGUAAUUUCCUUGUACACUCUCACACUGUUUUCCAGAGUGUCAAGCUUAGAGGAAACUUUUCUACUAAAUAUGUCUAUCCUUUUUCUGUUAACAGUGGCUUGAGGUUGAGUACAAAAGAUGAAUGGUCAUUUGAUCUGAAAUCUGAAAUAUCAUACACUAACUUGCACAAAAAUAUCUCUCUUCUGUUCUUUGGUUUAUAUGGAAGGCGUUAUGAUCUUGAUAAGAUAUUUUACUAGCUGGAAAUGGGUUGCCACAUAGUUAGGAAUUUAAUAGUUUGCCAAAUAUUUUGUAGUAUGAUUAAUUUUUUAGGUUUAUAGUGUAACAUAUGUUCCUGUAACAGUGUGAUCCAAAGUCGCUAAAUUAUUAAAAAUAUCAUUUCAGUGAACUUCUGGUGUGCAGGAAUAUAGUUCAUAAAGGGGAAAAAAUAAUAAGAAGAAAAGCAUGAACCUAUGCAUUUUUUCUUUUUUUCAAAUUUCAAGAAAUUUUAGUGGAAAUACGUAAUCCGUUCUGCUUCUUUCAUACCUGAGAACUAAUUAAUUAUCUAUGUUGUUAAACAUUUUAAGAACAAAAAAUAUAACUGCCAUAAUUUUUUUUCCUUCAAAUUUUCAUACUUUUGGAAGUUAAUUCUACUUUUUAUUUACUCAUCGGUGGCCAUAACCACUGAAUAUAGGUAACUUCAUUUGAGUUCAAAUUCAGGAAAAUUAGCUGGCUGCAUGAGUAUUUUCGUGGUUUUCCUAAAGUGAAAUAUGAAUACAAGUGAAUUUUCCUGACAAAGUCCUGCAUGUAGAUAUGUUUUCCCUUAGGCAGAUAGUCCUAGUAUACUUUGCCAUAAUCCAAAUAAAAUAAAGUCCCAGUUCUUGCACCCUACCAUCAGGUGAUUAGUAAGACUGCUGAGCACUGCUACUUCAACAUGGAUUAAAAUUCUGGUAAAUUGGCUGGACAUUUUCAUGGUUUUCCUCAUAUAUAAAGUGGAUAAGAGCCAUUUUUUUCUUAGAAAAUUCUCAGUGAAAGCACCUCCUUCACUGAGAUGCAUAGAACUUGCAAGCUUUGCCUUUAAUUUAAAUAAUUGGUAAUCAAGUCCCCAUUCUUGCAAAUUAAUCUUUAUUACUUGUCUUGAAAUUAACACAAAUCUUUAGUAAACAAUGCAGUACAACGUUGUUUUGUAAAAAUGAAUUUGUAUAUUAUAUCUUUUAUUUUUAUCAUUAUUACAAACAUCCCCAUUCAAAAAGUGCUAUUUUGAAGGAAAUUCAGCAACUAUGGUAAUCUAUCUAUGUUUGUCAAUUAACUUCAACUCUUGGUUUCAAAACUAAUUUUAAGUAUUUGUUUUACAUCUUUUAAUAUCUGAUAUAUUAUUUAAAUUAUAUUUCAACAUAUUUUUUUUUUUCAUUUGAAAAUAUUUACCUUAAACAAAUUAUUUCUUUUCUAUGUAUUCAAAACUUCUGCUACAUGGCAUUUGUUUUUAUUAUGUGCUAAUUUUUAUUAUGAGUAAAUAAUAAGCUUGCUCACUUUUGCUUGCUGACCACCUCUUUUAUUUUCUUGAAAACAUUGUAAAUUGGCUUUAUGUAAUUUUAUUUUCCAUUGUGCUCUCAAUCCAGUACUACUAGCCUUUAUGUAUACUUCUUGAAAAGCAAUUCGAGUACAGGAUUGUUUACUUUGUAGCCAGAAAUUCAAAAUGAAUUGGCCUGUUGUUUGUAUGCAAUUUUAUUUUUAUCUUAAACUGUGAUGGGAUAUAAAAAUUUGGAUCCAUAAUGCUGUGUAAAAGUUUUUCAGUCUCAUGUAUAUACUCUAAAAUGAUCUAGAAUAGCAAUCUUCAAAACAAAGGAGUGCAUGAAGUAAAUUUUGGAAAUGAUUAUAUGUUUAAAAUUGUACUCUUUAAAAAUAACUAAUAAUGUUUAUGGAAAUAAAUCAAUGUUUAUUUUCUCUUUAA